AGUAAUGCAACACUUGAGUGAGGUCGAAGAAGAAGUGUAAAGCGAGGCGAGUGUGCUAACAGACAGUUGAGCAUUAUUUGCCUUUUUCACUUUUAAUUUUAACGAAUUAAAGAAAACCAUGUCGGAAAGAAAAGUUUUGAACAAAUACUAUCCUCCUGAUUUUGAUCCGUCUAAAAUCCCUAAACUCAAACUCCCCAAAGACCGUCAGUAUGUGGUCAGAUUGAUGGCGCCAUUUAACAUGAGAUGUAAAACAUGUGGAGAAUACAUUUACAAAGGGAAGAAGUUCAAUGCUCGCAAAGAGACCGUUCAGAAUGAGCUGUACAUGGGGCUGCCCAUUUUCCGAUUCUACAUCAAAUGCACAAGAUGCUUGGCCGAGAUCACGUUUAAGACAGACCCAGAGAACACAGAUUAUGCCAUGGAGCACGGCGCAACACGUAACUUUCAGGCAGAGAAACUGAUCGAAGAGGAGGAGAAGAAGAUCCAACAAGAACGAGAGGAAGAGGAACUCAAUAACCCGAUGAAGGUUCUGGAGAACCGCACACGGGACUCGAAGAUGGAGAUGGAGGUGCUGGAAAACCUGCAGGAGCUGAAGGAGCUGAACCAGAGGCAGGCACAGGUGAACUUUGAGGCCAUGCUGGAUGAGUAUAAAGUGAUGGAGCAGAGACAGAAAGAGAGAGAGCAGGAGGAUGACGAAAGAGAGACCAAAGAGAUGUUGGAGAGAGCUCUCGUCAAGCGACUGAGGGAUUCUGACUCUGAAGAAGAGACGGAGAAUGCAAAAGAACGAGGGAUAAAACAUGCAGUUGAUAAACCCACAGACAUUCUCACCACGGAGGUGAAUACAGGCCCACAGUCUGUACAGGGUCUGUCGGCUGUGGGUGUGAAGAAACAGAAGGUGGAGAGCUGGGAGAGGAGUGUUGGAAGUCUGGGUGGGAGGGGAGCGCUGGGCUCUCUGGUGGUGAGGAAGAAACCAGCAGAUUCUGUUCCCAAACUUGCUUCAAAUACACCACAGCCUGCUGCUGAAACAAAAACAGGGACAUGCGCUGCCAAACCAGCAGCAUCUACAGCUUCCAACGGCCAGCCGGUCGUAUCUCAAAACUGUUCUUCUCUCAGCCUCUUGGGGGCAUACUCAGACAGUGAUGAAAGCAACUCCGACUAGGCUGGAGUGUGGCAAAUACUUGUGACUGCAAAAAAUAUGCUCAUCUUCAGACCACCUAUCUCCACUUGGCCCAUAUUUAAGUUUCCUCGACCUGGACUCCUUAAAAGUACACUUGAGAACCAAUGGUUUAACUUAGCUGGAGGAUCUCUGUUUCAGUUGCAUUGAUUUAAUGUUUUGAUAUAUUAGAUUUGCACCAUGACGAUGUUUCUAAUGUACCCCAUAAUGUGUUUCAGAUGUAUAAUAUACUCUGUAAAGUAGUAUUUGUUUCUCUAUGUUUGUUCAAUCAAUAACAGGAUAUGCAUUUGAGGGUUCCAGCUGACUUAUCUUAAAUCUAAAGCAUAUUUAGACUGAUCAUCUCUUGUCCCGCAUCAUAAAAGACACUUUUACCCUCCCAUCCAUUUAACAAAUAAAUUAUUUGUCCACUUUC